GGUAACGGGCCCCUCUCCGCAGGCAUUGCCGCCGUCUUCGAGUCCCACCGGGCCAAGGGCAUCCCCCACAUGUACAGCCUGCACAGCUGGUGUGGCAUGGCCGCCUUCGUGCUCUACCUCCUGCAGGUGAGGCCUGGCUGCGGGUUCUUCCUGUUCCCCGGGGCCUCCUUCACGCUGCGCAGCCGGUACAAACCCCAGCACGUCUUCUCUGGCAUCGCCCUCUUCGCCCUCUCCAUCGCUGCCUGCCUGCUGGGCAUCACCGAGAUGCUCCUCUUCAACAUCAGCGACUCCUACAGGUACUUUGUGCCUGAGGGCAUCCUGGCCAACACCCUGGGGGUGCUGCUGGUGGCCUUCGGGCUGGUGGUGGGCUACGUGCUGACGCGGGACGAGUGGAA